AUGAAAGGUGGAAUUUAUGAUCUGCCGCAUGUCAUUGAACGCACCGUCCCCUUCUUCCACUCCCCUGAUAGUCAGUUCACCGGGUUGAAGGACCGGAUGCAGCGUGAUGAUCUGAUCGGGGGAGAUUUCUUUCACUAUAUUCCCCCAGACCGGGUGUACACAAUGAAGUGGACACUUCAUGAUUGGAGAGACCCCCAAGCACUAGAAAUCCUCCGUAACCUCCAUCACGCUAAACUUGAGGGGCCGGGGUGCUGGCUGAUUAUUCUGGAGUCUGUCCGGGCCGACGGUCAAUCUGCCCGGCUCUCCAGAUAUGCCGACUUGAAUAUGGUGGUAGCCACCAAUGGGCUCGAGCGUACCGAGGAAUCUUGGAGACAUCUGGCCGAGGAGAGUGGUUGGGAAAUCAUUGCCAUCCAUCCCUUGUGA